AUGGCCGGCCUCGUCCCCGAAACCAUGCAGAAAGUGACGCAUGCCGUGCUUGGCCCGCGCGAGGGCGACAAGCUGAAAGACCUCGCCCACGACACCAAGGACAUGACGCCCAAGGACCGCCUGACCACCGACUAUGGCGUCAAGCAGAGCACGGCCGACGACUGGCUGAAGGCCGUCAGUCCCGACCAGGCCGGACCGCUGCUGCUGGAGGAUCCCUUUGGUCGCGAGCGGAUUAUGAGAUUUGACCAUGAGAGGAUCCCGGAGCGCGUCGUCCAUGCCCGCGGCUCCGGAGCGUUUGGCAAGUUCAAGGUCUUCGAGAGCAUCGAGGACCUCACCUUUGCGCCCGUCCUGACCGACACGACGCGCGAGACGCCCGUCUUCGUCCGCUUCUCCACCGUGCUGGGCAGCCGCGGCAGCGCCGACACGGUGCGCGACGUGCGUGGCUUCGCCGUCAAGUUCUACACCCAGGAGGGCAACUGGGACAUCAUCGGCAAUGACAUCCCCGUCUUCUUCAUCCAGGAUGCCAUCAAGUUCCCCGACGUGAUCCACGCCGGGAAGCCGGAGCCUCACAACGAGGUGCCCCAGGCCCAGUCGGCCCACAACAACUUCUGGGAUUUCCAGUUCAACCACACCGAGUCGACGCACAUGUUCAUGUGGACGAUGAGCGACCGAGCAAUCCCCCGCUCGUUCCGCAUGAUGCAGGGCUUCGGCGUCAACACCUACACCCUCAUCAACUCCAAGGGCGAGCGCCAUUUUGUCAAGUUCACCUUCACGCCCGAGCUGGGCGUGCACUCGCUGGUGUGGGACGAGGCGCUCAAGCUCGCCGGCCAGGACCCAGACUUCCACCGCAAGGACCUCUGGGAGGCCAUCGCGAACGGCGUGUCCCCCAAGUGGCGGUUCGGCAUCCAGGUGCUGCCCGAAGCCGACGAGCACAAGUUCGACUUCGACAUCCUCGACGCCACCAAGGUCUGGCCCGAGGACCUGGUGCCGACGCGCUACAUCGGCGAGCUCGAGCUCAACUGCAACCCGGACGAGUUCUUCACCCAGGUCGAGCAGGCCGCCUUCUGCACCAGCCACGUGGUGCCCGGCAUCGGCUUCUCCGACGACCCGCUGCUACAGGGCCGCAACUUCAGCUACUUCGACACGCAGAUCUCGCGCCUGGGCGUCAACUUCCAGGAGCUGCCGGUCAACCGGCCCGUGUGCCCGGUCCUCAACUUCAACCGCGACGGCGCACUGCGCCACACAAUCACGCGCGGCACCGUCAACUACUGGCCCAACCGGUACGAGGCUUGCCCGCCGGCGAGCCGCGAGGAGGGCGCCUACGUCGAGUACCCGCAGAAGGUGGCCGGCAUCAAGGCGCGCAUGCGCAGCGACAAGUUCAAGGACCACUUCAGCCAGGCGCAGCUCUUCUACAACAGCAUGUCGCCCGUCGAGAAGCUGCACAUCCACAACGCCUUCGCCUUCGAGCUCGACCACUGCGAGGACCCGGUCGUGUACGGCCGCAUGGUCCAGCGCCUCGCCGACAUCGACCUCGGGCUCGCCCAGGCCGUCGCCGACAAGGUCGGCGGCGACGUGCCCCGCGAGGGCCGCCCCAACCACGGCCGCCGCGCCCCGGCGCUCAGCCAGCACGAGUUCCCGGGCAUCAAGCCCACCAUCGCCUCCCGGCGCAUCGCCAUCCUCGUCGCCGACGGCUACGACCAGGCGGCCUUCGCCGCCGCGUACGCGGCCGCGUCGGCCGCGCUGGCCGUGCCGCUGGUGAUCGGCACCAACCGGCGCAAGGUGACGGCGGCGGACGGCGCCGGGUCGACGCAGCCGCACCACCACCUCGAGGGCUUCCGGUCGACCAUGGUCGACGCGCUGUUCGUGCCGGGCGGCGCGCAGUCGGCGGCCACGCUGGCCCGCAACGGCCGCGCGCUGCACUGGAUCCGCGAGGCCUUCGGCCACCUCAAGACCAUCGGCGCCACGGGCGAGGCCGUCGAGCUUGUGCAGAACGCCAUCGGUCUGCCCACCGUCGCCGUGUCCGACUCGGCCGAGGUGCGCGAGAGUUAUGGCGUUGUCACGCUCAAGGAGCUGCGGCCCGAGAGUUUGCGCGAGGCGGUCGCCAUCGCCAAGGGCGCGACGGGGUUUAUGGAGAAGUUCUUUUAUGGCAUCUCGCAGCACCGGUGUUGGGAGCGCGAGCUGGCCGGGCUGAAUAACCAGGUUGCGUAUUGA